CGCUCCGCCGCAGCCGGGCGGCCCAGGUGUGUCCCCGGCGGCCCGACCAGUCGCCCCUCGGGCCCGAGCCCCGGUCCUGGUCGGGCUGCGGCGCCCCCAGAGGGCGUGGCCGGCGCGCCUCACCUGGCCGCUCGUGGCAGGUGCGAGGCUGGAGCAGGGCACGGGCGAUGCCCGACCCCGCGUCCCUCUGUGGCCAUGGAAGAGGCCCCUCUGCUGGGCGCGAUGUCGGGCCCCGACGAUGAGAUGGUGACCGACCUUUUCUGCCCGGAGCGGCCCUUCGUCCCGGAGGGCCUGGCCCUGAGCCCCGGCGUCGUGGUGAAGCCCGAGCCGGACGAGCUGCCCGUGCUGGGCGACGCCUACCUGGGCGCCGCCGACCCCGCCGAGCCGCUGCUGCGCGCGCUCAGCCCGCCGCCCGGCGCCGACUGCCCGGGCGAGGUGCAGGCGGCGCUGCUGGGGGACUUCCCCGGGCUCCCCGAGCUGCGCGCCCCGGAGGAGGCCGCGCCGCCCGCCUACAGCGUGCACGUCCUGUCCUCGCUGCUGCCCGCGCCCCGCGGCCCGGCGCUGGUGCCGCUGGGCGCCGGAGUGCGGGUGAUUCCAGUUGAGAUCAAGGAAGGGGGUGGCAGUGUCGCAAGUGACAACCCUGAGGAAGCAGCCUUCCAGAGUCCUCUUGCUCAGGAGUCCUGUUGCACCUUCCUGUCAUCCCAAGAAGCAGAGGAUGCCCCUGGCUGCUCUCGCAAGAAAGACUCCAGCCCGAUGGUGAUAUGUCAGUUGAAAGGGGGGGCACAGAUGCUGUGCAUAGAGCAUUCUGGCACAAGAGAGCUCAAGGCCCUUCACUUGGUUCCCCAGCAUCAAGACCAGAAUAAUUAUCUACAGUCAGAUGUCCCAAAGCCAAUGACUACUUUAGUAGGAAGAUUUUUGCCAGUACCAGCAAAAUUAAAUCUCAUUGCACAACAACUGGACAGCGGGGCCCGCCCCUCGGCAGUUCCCGGGCCUGCUUUCCCCACAGGAUCAGCUCUUCCAGGACCACCAAAAAUCGCUUUGGCUGGAGUAACUCUUAGUUCAUGGGACACAAAGUCUAAAAAGCCAUGUAACUGUACCAAAUCCCAGUGUCUGAAAUUGUACUGCGACUGCUUCGCCAGCGGGGACUUUUGUAACAAUUGCAAUUGUAACAACUGUUGCAACAAUUUGCGACAUGAAAUUGAACGCUUUAAAGCCAUUAAGGCUUGUCUGGACAGAAAUCCUGAAGCGUUCCAACCAAAAAUCGGGAAAGGAAAGCUGGGGGAUGUGAAGCCGCGGCACACCAAGGGCUGCAACUGCAAGCGGUCGGGCUGCCUGAAGAACUACUGCGAGUGCUACGAGGCCAAGAUUAUGUGCUCUUCUAUUUGCAAAUGCAUCGGUUGCAAAAACUACGAGGAGAGCCCAGAGCGGAAGACGCUGACGAACCUGCCAAGCUACGUGGAGAUGGCGGAUCUUGAAGGCAGCCAUCAUUUGUCACCAACUAAAUUUUCAGGACUACCGAGGUUCAGAAAAGACAGGCGGCUCUCUUCCUGCAUCUCCUGGGAGGUGGUGGAGGCCACCUGUGCCUGCCUACUGGCUCAGGGCGAGGAGGCGGAGAAGGAGCACUGCUCCGAGUGCCUGGCGGAGCAGAUGAUCCUGGAGGAAUUUGGAAGAUGUUUGUCACAGAUUCUCCGCAUCGAAUUUAAGUCCAAGGGGUUGAAAAUCGAGUCAAGUACCAUGUAGUAUAGCCAACCCUGAGUGCAUGCAGACGCGUACCUCGGCAUUCUGCGGAAGCUCUGGUUCAGAAAGGUGGUUGGAGGAGCAAGAGGCCAGCCUGCGGCCACACGACCCUAACAAGGCCGAGCUCUUAGCUGGGCGCCUUGGCGCACGCCUGUCAUCCCAGCAGCUUGGGAGGCUGAGGCAGGAGGAUCACAGGUUCAAGCCAGCCUCGGCAACUUGGAGAGACCCUGUCUCAGUAUGAAAUAAAAAAUAAAAAGGGCUGGGAAUGUAGCUUAGUGGUAGAGCAUCCCUGAUACCAAAAAAUAGAUAAAAUAAAACCUCACGGAGCUCUGGUGUGCACCAGGCCUGGAGAGUUGCCCGAGGUGCUCAGCAGGGCGCCUUGUUUGAGGAAGGCAAGGCACAGGAGUCUUCUCUCCAGGGAUGGGCUGCCCUGCAGGAAAAACCAGGGUGGUUUUGGUUUUUGUUUGUGUGUUUUGUUUUUCAAAUGACUUAGAUUCUCCAGAGAGCUGUUAGGGUGUGACACACGGUUUCUGAGGAGCCGCUGAGCACCUCGGAGCACAUCUGCAGUGUGGAGGUCCCCCAAGACUCACAGGGUCACCAGCCUUCCAGGCCACCAGGCCAGGCUAGCAGCAGGAGGGCUGAGUCGCAGGACUUCAAAUUGUAUUUAGUUUCUCAUACAUUUCUACUUGAAUUGAGGAAAAGCUCUAUUAUCCAAUUAACUUCUCCAGAAUUAUUGUUGUUAUUAAAGGUAAAACACGGCUAGAGUAAUUAGUUUGCAGAAGCCAGCACAUAAGAUUGGUUAUUAUAUUGACUCUUUGGGUUCUAUUAUAAACGUAAAGAUUAAUAAAAAUUUCCAAAGUCUUCAA